AUGAGCGACCCGCUGCUGCGGGCGCGGAGGGCGCUGGACAGUUUGGUGUUCCUGGAGGGGCUCGGCGGGGAGGGGGCGGGCGGAGGGGCGGACGACGGCGGGCACCAGUGCAGGCCGUGGGACCGCGAGGACCUCAUGCGGCGCCUGAGGACCUACACGGCCCAGAAGUGGUUCUGCAAGCCCGCGGCGGCCUCCCCGCUGGAGUGUGCGCGACGGGGAUGGAGGUGCAGAGACGUGGACACGCUGGAGUGCGAGGAGUGCCUGGCGCGCCGGGAGCUGCGCCUGUCCCCAAACCUUAGCUUCAAGGAGGGCGCCGCGCUGGCGGAGAAGUUCGUGGCCAGGCUGGACGAGGCGCACGAGGAGGAGUGUUCGUGGCAGGGGAAGACCUGCAAGCUGCAGCUGGCGGCGUUCCCCCCGCUGGAGCGGGGACCGGUGUUCAAGGCCUACACCGAGCGACACGACGGCCUCGUCGCCGCCGGGGCCCUCCCGGUCGUGGCAGCCCCGGCCCUGGACCGCAUCUGCAAGACGCACGCCAACCUGCUGGGCGCGCUCCUGCGCCGCGGACCCCGCGUCCCCAUGGUCGACGGCGGCACUGGCGCGGGCGAUCCGGCGGAGGUUCCGUCUGCGGCGCAGCAGGCGCAGCAGGCGCAGCAGGCGCAGCAGGCGCAGGGCCCGCCCACGCUGUCGGAGCUGAACGCCACGCUGGAGAGCCGCGCGCGCCUGUUCGCGACGUGCGGCUGGCGCGUGGACCAGACGCAGGCUCCGAGGGUGGUCCUCGCGUGCGACACGUGCGGCGCGCGGUGCUCCACGGGCGUCCUCGGAUCCCAGCCCUCCGCGUCGAGCGCGGCCACGCGGCGCGCGUCCGCGCACGAGCCCCGCGUGCACACGCCGAUGCUGCUGCCGGACCUCACGCAGACCAUCGCGGGGGGCGAGUGCCCGCGCAGCGGCGCCGGCGGGGCGCUCCCGAACGUGUUCGGAGGCGGGAGCCCGGCGCCAGCGUUCGGCACGCCGGCGUCCGCGGGGAACCGAAAGCGUCCUCCGGGCGGUUCGCCGGACGGGGCAGGGGCCGCGCCGGGCGCCGGGCCCAGCCCCUCGAAGCGCGCGCGCGUGGGCGCAGGAGCGUCGCCCGGCGGCGUGUUCGACCCGCUGGGGUCGCACAGGCCGUUCUGCCCGUUCGUGACGCACCCGGGCGCGGAGGGGGCGAUCCCGGCGACCACGCAGCCCAGCUGGGAGGUGAGGAUCGGGUGGGCGUGGACCCUCGAGGCGCUCGUGGGGCGCGACGGCGACCAGCGGAGCGGCCUGCUGAUGAUGGAGCGGCUGAGCCACGGCCAGGAGGCGGGCGACGGCAUGACGGACCUCGAGAAGGUGCCCAACCAGGUGAGGACGCUGUUGCGCGGACUCUGA